AUGUCAACAUUUAAUGUAUCAGCUGUUGACUGGAGAGCUGUAAUCCUCGGUCGCUCGUGUAGGUAUUCGAGAAUAUCAGAGACCGGUUUGGCUCCGGAAAUCACUCGCUUCGACGCUCAUGGCCUGGCGGAUGAUCAUUUCUCUAUGCACAACUUGUUGCGGCCGGAGACAGUUGAGGCUUUGUGGUACAUGUGGAGGGCCACAGGAGACUGGUACUAUAGAGAAGCGGGCUGGCGCAUCGCUCGGGCUCUCGAGCGGUAUGCACGCACGCCUUACGGCUAUUCCUCGCUGGAAAACGUCAGAGUGCCUGGAAGUUAUACGGGACACCAGCCAACCUAUUUUUUCUCUGAGACCCUAAAGUACCUCUACCUCUUAUUCUCCCCGGAUGCCAUGG